UUGUUUUUAAUUGUUAUUUCAUUCAGGCCCCUAUAAUCAACGCACGGUCGGAGCGAUUUAUCCUUCUUAUCAAUGAAAAAAAAACCCGCCCCCAAAGGGGAUUUGGACGGUCUGAUAAGCCCGGCCGCGAGAGACGAUGUUAUGUACUCAUUAAGGGCCUCCUGCUCCGGCUUGGACACCUGAUACAGUCUAGAGGAGGGCAAUUUAGAGUUGGGAAUCAGAUCAAUGGAACAAUCAUAGGGGCGAUGUGGUGGAAGUGACUGUGCUAGGUCCUUGCUAAAAACCAACUUGAGGUCAUGAUAUUCACUGGGUACUAAAGACAAGUCAAUUGGUGUUGGUUUACGAGACACAACUGCUCCCGGGGAAGCUGAGGCCGCACGCAAGCAAUGAGAGUGACAAUGGACACUCCAGUUAUCUAUUCUGGGGACCUCCCAGUUAAUGUCUGGAUUAUGCUGCUUAAGCCAGGUUAAACCAAGAACAACCGGAGCCAAUUUGGUGGGCAUAACAAAAAACGGCCGACGCUCACUGUGGUUACCAGAUACCACCAAGGUGAGAACGUCAGUCUCAUGUGUUAUGGUUGAAAUCAAGUCUCCGUUAAGGUCCCGUACCUCCCGGGGCUCCUUCAAUUUAAUUAGAGAACCACCAAGUGUGUCUAUGACUGAAUAAUCCACGAAACAGUCAUCAGCCCCCGAGUCGACUAAAACAGUUACCUUGCAACUGCGCUCUCCCCACGUUAUAAUCCCUGGUAAUUGUAGUCUCGUGUUCUUGAGCUGUUUGGCAGUCUUAGUAGCCGUGUGCGGGUACUCACAUUGAGGUGGUGGUGUGCCACUAGAGGGGAAAAGCCUCGCUGCGUGGCCACUGUCUGAUGUCGGUACCUGGGCAAGAUGGCCGCCGGAGGCUGCACGGGGAUUCGUGGGGCAGGAAGCGACGUGAUGGCCAGGUUCUCCGCAGUACAAGCAGAGCCGCGAUGCCAUGCGUCGGUGGCGCUCCCUUGCGGUGAGUCUCUUCCCGCCGAGCUGCAUAGGUUCCUCGUCAGUCGUUGGCUGCCAUUCAGGGUCCGACGAAGGAAGGGAAGCCGGACGGGAGACAGCAAUGCGCGCCGCUGGGGCAGCCCUCCCGAUGACUGCGUUUGUUGACCGGCCGUGCCACUCGACGCCUCUCUCGCGCUCUCGCUCUCGAAGUCGAUUGUCCAAACGUACCGCAAGUCCAAUAAGGUCCUCCAAAUCCGCUGCUUCAUCGCGAGCGGCUAGUUCGUCCUUCACAAGCGGAUUUAGCCCCCUCCGGAAUAUACAGCGUAAAGCUGCGUCAUCAAAGCCGCUCUCCGCAGCGAGAAUGCGGAAUGAGACCGAAUAGUCUGCGACGGAAAGUUUUCCCUGAGUUAGGUCUAGCAGGCGACUGCCAGCCUCCUUACCCCGAAUGGGGUGAUCGAAAACCCUCCUCAUCUCCCCAACGAAUUCAAGAAAGGAGUUACGAACUUCGGGGUACUGGUUGCUGAUUGCCAUGGACCACGCCGCCGCUUUUCCGGUUAGGAGGCUCAUAACGAACGCUACUCUGGAUCUAUCUGAGGAGUACGUGAGUGGUUGUUGGUCAAAAACUAGUGAACAUUGAUGGAGAAACUGCCCGCACGAGCCGGGUUCCCCCCCAUAGCGUGGUGGGUGCGGAAUGUUUGGCUCACGCAACGGAAUGGAAGCCGGGGCAGACGGCGCCACGAGGGGAACGUGCGCAGACGCCGCGGUCGCAGGUGAAGCGGAACGGUGGACAGGUCCCCACAAAGUCACUGAGAGGACGUCAUUCGCAACCUGGUUCAUAUCUCCUCUACCAGACCGGCAAAGACCCCAUCAGGCCAGACGCUUUCUCCACCUCGCGACCCACCAAGGUCCAACUAAGUGUCGGCUGACCCUUCUUGAUGACAUCAUUCAACAGAGAGCCAUCCUAGAGGCAAAGAUGCGAAACUUCACUCCGAGAAUGAUGAUGCACUCCUUCGGUUGGCUUUUUGGCCUUUCCCUACUUCUUAUCACAUCUGCCGAUGACUGCCCCGUUCCGGUAUCAACCGAGAUUGUGACCAUCGGAGCAUAUGGGGCGGAAUCCUCCACUUCAGUCACAACCAGCGGAGAAUGUGUAUCCAUCCCGGGAAACGAACAAGUGACUUUCGAGUUUGAUGCUUGUAGAUAUUAUCCGUGUGGCUGGGCUUCUAAAAGUCAUUAUUAUUUGUCUUCCAUCUCAUGGUCAUACGAGACAACAGUGGCUUAUUCAGGGAAUGACUGGCAGAUAUCCUGUCAAUCACGCCCUCGUCCUGUGGAAUGUGGGAAGAUGGCUGACCUGUCAAUCACACCCUCAUCUUGUGGAAUGUGGGAAGAUGGCUGACUCCAUCUCGUUGGUACGAGUAGGGGAGCUUGGUGCGGGCAACCCCAGACUUGCCUUAACGGUAGAUCUCAGAACUUUUAACUUGUCCUCUUUGAUCACAAUCACGACAUCGAUGCAGGGCAGUUUUAUCCUGAAAGAGAAAAGAUAUCGUCAUCGCACACACCAUAUAAUUGUUUGCAUUAGUCUAACACAUAUACAGUGUAUAGUCUAACACAUACAUAUGGUACAGGUUUUCGUAGGCACCGUCUAACUGUUUGCAUUAGUCUAACACACGUAAUAUAAUUAAUCAGGAAAUAGUAUCAUUUUCAUAUUUACGGUAGGACUACACUACUAAUAUAAAAUAAAUAGCACACCAUAGUUUAAUGAGAAGAAAUAGAAGAGAUACACAAUGCCGUCUUAUCACAAGAUUGACGCACCAACUCUGGUAAUCAGCUCUCCCAGCAAACUCCAAGGACAAAGCGCUUUGUCCUAAAACAAGUACAACCAGCCCGGACAGCAAAGUUGAUAGCGGGCGUCCCAAUCCGUGCACGAACCGAAGCCGCCCAAAACCGGCCACAGAGGGGAUGGCCCAAAAGCAACGCCCAGAAACGCCUUCGACAAGGCCCGCCUCAGCAAAGACUUUAAAAAGACUGGACACUGAGAUAAGACAAGAUUUUUUCUGCUCGGAAACAUAUAGCCUUGUUUUGGAUCCAGAAUGGUCCCUCCGUCGUCUGUUUUUGCCCUGUUUUUACCAUUGUCGACGAAUAAAUUGUCAACCUGU